UGGUUGAUCCACGAAGAAGAAAAUACGGGAUGCUCGUGAUCUUCAUCCACCAAUCAAAACAGUCGAAAUGAACAUCGCCAAAAUUUGAAAACACCGUUUAGCUCGGUGGCUUUAAGGUGGUGGUGACACAGUGGUUCAAGCUAAAGUCAUUGACGUUUGGUUUAACGCUAAAUACAAUGGAACUAUUCAAAGAAGAGGAUGUUAAAAUGUAUUUUUAUGAAAAUAGACUGAAAACGUUCGAGGGGUGGCCAUUCGACGAAGGCUGUUCUUGCACCCCGGAAAACAUGGCCAAAGCUGGCUUCAUUCACACCCCCUCAGACAACUGCCCAGACAUCGCCAUGUGUUUCUUCUGCCUCAAAGAGCUGGAGGGCUGGGAGCCACAGGACGACCCGGAAAAGGAGCACAAAUCCCAUUCACCGUCCUGCCAAUUCAUCGCCCUGAAGAAGAAAGUUGAAGAGCUGACUGUGGAGGAAUUCUUGAAACUACAGAAGGAGAGGCAGAAGUUCAUCAUUAACAAAUCCUGUAACGAGAGCAUCACCAAGUUUGAAGAGGCAGCAAAACUGAGAAGAGCCGAUAUAAUCAAGACAGCCAUGGGCGAGGAGUGACAC